UUGACACGCCGCGCGGUCCCUCAGUCUCCCGCGGUCGCCUCCCCAGGCAUGGCACAGGGCCUCGCCGCACUAUGGCAGCAGCAAGGCACAGCACGCUCGACUUCACGCUCGGCGCCAAAGCUGAUGGAGAGGCCAUUCUGAAAGGCCUUCAGUCCAUUUUUCAGGAGCAGGGGAUGACAGAGUCAGUGCACACCUGGCAGGACCAUGGCUAUUUAGCAACCUACACGAACAAAAACGGCAGCUUUGCCAAUUUGAGGAUUUAUCCCCAUGGAUUGGUGCUGCUGGAUCUUCAGAGUUAUGACACUGACACACAAGGCAAACAAGAAACGGACAGGCUUUUGAACAAAAUAGAAGAAAAAAUGAAAGAACUGAGUCAGGACAGUACUGGGCGGGUGAAGCGCUUACCACCCAUAGUUCGAGGAGGGGCCAUCGACAGAUACUGGCCUACUGCUGAUGGGCGCCUGGUUGAGUACGACAUAGAUGAAGUGGUGUAUGAUGAAGAUUCACCUUAUCAGAACAUUAAAAUCCUACACUCAAAGCAGUUUGGAAAUAUUCUCAUCCUCAGUGGUGAUGUUAAUUUGGCAGAGAGUGACGUGGCAUAUACUCGAGCCAUCAUGGGCAGUGGUAAAGAAGAUUACACUGGCAAAGAUGUGCUGAUCCUGGGAGGCGGAGAUGGGGGCAUAUUAUGUGAAAUUGUGAAACUGAAACCAAAGAUGGUCACUAUGGUAGAGAUUGACCAAAUGGUAAUUGACGGAUGUAAGAAAUUCAUGCGAAGAACAUGUGGAGAUGUCUUAGACAAUCUUAAAGGAGACUGUUAUCAGGUCCUCAUAGAAGACUGUAUUCCAGUACUGAAGAGGUACGCCAAAGAAGGGAGAGAGUUUGAUUAUGUGAUUAAUGAUUUGACAGCUGUCCCGAUCUCUACAUCUCCAGAAGAAGAUUCCACAUGGGAGUUUCUCAGACUGAUUCUUGACCUGUCAAUGAAAGUUCUGAAACAGGAUGGGAAAUACUUCACACAGGGGAAUUGUGUCAAUUUGACUGAAGCCCUGUCACUCUAUGAAGAACAGCUGGGGCGCCUGUAUUGUCCUGUGGAAUUCUCAAAAGAGAUUGUCUGUGUCCCUUCAUACUUGGAAUUGUGGGUAUUUUACACUGUUUGGAAGAAAGCUAAGCCUUAAAGAAUAGCAUCCCCUGAAUGUCGUGUGCUGCAAGCCGCCUUCCUGACUUCCAUUUGCCCUGUAUGCCAUCAACUGAGUCAGGCAACUGGUCAUGAAUUCCUUCAAGUGUUUUUUUGUUUGUUUUUAAUUAUUAUUUUUAAUUUAAAAAAGCCAAUGCAAAAAAUGUAUAUUUUGAUGAGCUAGGGUGUUAAUUUUUGAAAGUCAGCCGAAGGACAAUUAGACAGCCCAGCGAAGACUGCGGAAUGCACUGACCCCCUAGAAUGUGACUUUAGGAUCUACCUUUUUUUUCCUCUGUGUGGGGUUUGGGUUUUAGUUUUGGCUUCAGUAGACUUUAAUUUGGACAUGUGGAGGAAUGAACAUCAUUGUUUGUUCUGGAGAGAAGUUCCUGAUAGUGUUCUUCCUUCCACCCCCAAAUUGACUUAGAUCUUAAAAUUUGGUGCUUUUAAAAGACAUGAUUAGCAGUGCUUCAAUUAAAAUUACAAAAGAGACCUAUCA